AUGAAAACAACAAAGCGUCACAAGUUUCUUAUGUCCGAAGCUCUUCUUUUUCGUUCGUGUGACAAAGCUCUACGUGAAAUGGUCCCCUUAUUGAAAAGUUUGCCAUUGGGUGGUUGUGCCAUUGAACAAGAUAGUGAACUAAAUACAACAUCAUCCGGUCGGUUAUUUUGUUAUCUACCAAUGCCAGCUGAUGUCAUGCAUGGCCUUUCUAUACAUAUUAAUGGAUAUUUCGGACUAACAGAUAAUCGUCGUGAUUUAAAAUGGCUUACAACAGAAACGUACAGAGAUUAUGAUGGUAAAUGGAAUGAAUUGUUGAUCAAACAAGUAAUUUCACGAUCAUAUAUUAAACUAAUUGAAUACUGUACCGAUCAUUUUAAUGAUUCAAUGAUGGUCUACAAAUGUCUACCAACUAUUGACUUGUCAUGCAGUAAAUGGUAUGAGCUACUUAAACCGACAUAUCACGAAAUUGCUAAUAAGCCAGUUGUAACAUGUGGACGGCCAGAAACGAUUAGUAUCAGAAGUAAUUGUGAACAAUUUGGAAGAUACUGA